CAUGUCUCAUCUCCCUCAAUGCAGGCAGCCGCUAGACUGCCCACCACUGGUGACUUUCCCCCAUCUUGCAUGUAACGUUAACCACCGGACGGAUCCACACCAGCGGCCGUGGGCACUGCGGGAAAAAAACACCCGGGAUGGAUUGCUAGUAGUCGGUUUCUCUUCAUUCUCUCUCUCCGUGUGUCACCAUCCUCAAUGUCUCUCAACAGUUUUUAACUAAACAAAAUGAGGAUUAAUUGCAGGCAGCUUCUCUUGCUAUUUUCUGGCUUUUGGCGGCUGACAAUGGGAGCUUUUCCGAGCAGCGUUCAGAUUGGUGGGCUGUUCAUCAGAAACACAGAUCAGGAAUACACUGCAUUUCGUUUAGCAAUCUUUCUACACAACACCAGCCCAAAUGCCUCAGAAGCACCUUUUAACCUGGUCCCUCAUGUGGACAACAUUGAGACAGCCAACAGCUUCGCAGUUACCAAUGCCUUCUGCUCGCAGUACUCACGUGGGGUCUUCGCCAUCUUUGGCCUAUAUGACAAGCGCUCCGUGCACACCCUGACUUCCUUCUGCAAUGCACUGCACAUCUCGCUCAUCACACCCAGCUUUCCCACGGAGGGCGAGAGCCAGUUCGUCCUGCAGCUGCGGCCCUCCAUACGGGGCGCUCUCCUCAGCCUGCUCGACCACUACGACUGGAACCGCUUUGUUUUCCUCUAUGACACCGACCGGGGAUACGCGAUACUCCAGGCCAUCAUGGAAAAGGCAGGACAGAAUGGCUGGCAGGUCAGCGCCAUCUGUGUGGAGAGCUUCACCGAUGCCAACUACCGGCGCCUCCUAGAGGACCUUGACCGGCGUCAGGAAAAGAAGUUUGUCAUAGACCUGGAAGCAGAGAGACUUCAGAACAUGCUAGAACAGAUUGUCAGCGUCGGAAAGCAUGUCAAAGGCUACCAUUACAUCAUGGCUAACUUGGGGUUUAAGGACAUUUCCCUGGAGCGCUUCAUGCACGGUGGGGCCAAUGUGACAGGUUUCCAGCUGGUGGACUUCAGCACACCCAUGGUCAUCAAGCUCAUGCAACGCUGGAACAAGCUGGACCAGAGAGAGUACCCAGGGUCUGACACCCCACCCAAGUACACAUCGGCGCUGACCUACGAUGGAGUGAUGGUGAUGGCGGAGGCCUUCCGAAACCUCCGCAGGCAGAAGGUGGACAUCUCCCGCAGGGGGAAUGCAGGAGACUGCCUGGCCAAUCCAGCCGCCCCCUGGAACCAGGGGAUCGACAUGGAGCGCACGCUCAAGCAGGUGCGACUCCAAGGGCUAACAGGAAAUGUUCAGUUUGAUCACUAUGGACGUAGAGUCAACUACACGAUGGAUGUGUUUGAACUGAAAAACAAUGGGCCUAGAAGGAUCGGUUACUGGAACGAUGCUGAUAAACUGGUCCUGAUUCAGAAUGAAGUAUUACUACCCAAUGAAACUUCAGGCAUGGAGAACCGAACAGUUGUUGUUACCACGAUAAUGCCCCUGGUGAAGAACAACCCCUUUUUCAGAAACUGAUCCAGAAACGGACAGAGCCUCCAAUCGGGGGGUUUAUGAAUGUGUUUCCGCACACCUGCAGCCAGUGGCACAGGCCCAGCUUUGCGGGAGAGAGCUGCUGAGAUGGACUGUACCUGUGACUGCGCCUCCUUCAGGCCGAUGAGGGGACUGGAUCUUUGCUGUGUGAAUGUGGCAUUUCCUACACCCACAAGGGUGACUGACCUCUUGAUAUGAAGCUUCUGCAAGGAUAUUUUUUCCCCUGUUCUACCUUUUCUUCAUUCCUUUUUAUCAGACAAACAUCUUACGUGUUGGGAUACAGCUGUGAAAGUAGACUUAUUUGUUGGAGUGAGGUGUAUUCUAACCAAGCAUGGAUUGUAAACUUCAGCAUGUUGAACUACAGUGGCUGCAAAGAUAAUUCUGACUACACAAAUUAAUUUCUCAGAGUUAAUUAUUCAAACUUUCAUUAAAAACACAAGACAUCUUAUCUCAAAAACAUUUGAAAUCCUCAAUUGCAUUGGUGACAAGACCACAACCAGUGUUACAGCUAGAUGAAGCUGGAUGUUCAGUGGCAUUAAGUCUAAACAAGCCUCUGAAGUGUGUUUCUCCAUUUUUUUAAAAUCCUGCCAGGUUUCCUUCUAACAUUAGCAGAGUGUACUUAUGGGUACUUGGCUUUGCUUUGUAUCUAAUAACACACUAAACAUGGUGCCAAAUUCAUGAAUUCACUCUCAAAGCUCUUGUGCCUGAUUGCAUCAGCAUAAGGGCAUUGUCUUUUUAUAGUGGCUACAAGGACACAUUUGCAGUCUUGAUAAGUGAUUUGCUCUUCUUAAGUAGCUGUCUUGCUUGUAAUAUUUUUCAGCUAUUAUUACUUUUUUUACCUGGGAUAUGAGCAUUGAAAAAUACAAAAAGAUUAUGUGUGAGCUUUUCGUUUUGCACAGGCAAAUGCUAUUUUUCAUUGUCAUGUUUUGGGUUAUUUGUGAAUAACUAGAUCAAAAACAGGCAACUCUUGCUUUCUGUAAUAUCAGUUCAAUUUAAUAUAUGUUAAAUGCUAACCAAUGCUAUGUACAUUGUGAUCUCUCUAGUUAAAUGAGAAGUUUCCAAAAUCUUGUUAAAGAUCUGCCAGUUUCUGUUGGUUCCAGAGUUUCCAGGCUGUAGUAUGAAAAAUAUAUUGUCGGUUCAUGAGAUAAAUGCAUUUAGAAUUAAACAUAAAUAUAAAUUAACACUGAACAUCUAGUGUAAACCAAAUUAUGUGCAAAAAUUGCUCUUUUUUCUCUGGUGUUUCUUCAUUUUCACAAGUAUUGGAUCAUCUGUAAAAUAUAUUGAGCAAAUAUCAUUUUACUUUUUUAUGGGUGGCAGUGUAGUAUAAUCGUAGGGAACUGUUUCAUUAAACUAUAUACUACAAUUUUACAUGACUAAUCAACUGGGAAGCAUUUAAAAUUUUAAAGAGUCUCAGAUUUUAAGGAAUAUAACAGUUUAUAUGGGAAACUAGAAGUGGAGUAUAGCAAAGUUCAGUUGACUGUUAAAAUAAAAAAAGGAGAAAUUUCAUAAUUUGAAGUAUGUCUGUGAAAAAUGACAAUUGAACUGUUAAAAUGAUUGUAAUAUUUUGGUCUUUUUUAAUUGGUAAGAAAUAAGGAGUGGCCUUGUAUUAUUACUACGGUGUUUAUGAAUGGCAGGCAGGUUUAUACUUUUUAUUUUAAAACUGGUCAUGCACUCAUAUUUUUUUUAAUUUGCUGCUGUGUUGAAUUAGCAGUCAUUGUUACUGUGGUAAUAUGAAAUGCUUUGUUUCUUCUUUUUAUUCAGUUUCUCACUGCAAAGUAAAUGCUUUUAUCAAAUGCCUGACCAAUGCCAGAGCAUUGCAAAGGACGAGUCACUGAGCACAGUCUUACCCAAUUAUAGCCAUUCACUUUGAGUGGUGAACAAUGGAUGGUUUGAAAUUGCUUUUAAUUCAGCCUAUUAGAAAAAUUUGAAUGUUUAUCUGCACUUUUUUAACAAGCCCUGUGUUGUCAUUGUAUUUCUCAAACUACAGCUUUAGAAUGAAAGGUUGAACUCCAAAUGCAGCAUCAUUGUGGGAACUUAGUGCUUUUGCUGGUGUCUGUACAGGAUUAUCAUUUUGUGUGUGUGUGUGUGUGUGAGAGAGAGAGAGAGACAGAGAGAGAGAGAGAGAGAGAGAGAGACAGAGAGAGACAGAGAGAGAGAGAGAGAGAGAGGCACUUCAUGUGUCACUCUGAAUUCCCUGUUGUGGUUUUCGGAUCUUUAUAGCUGGAAGCGACUGAUUUAAUUGUUGUAGAAAUGUCGUGUAGUGGAACCCUGCUCAGCUGUCUCACCCGGGCCAACUGAUUCAUCUGACAGCUCAGCCUGCGGUUUACACAAAGGGGAGCGAGAUGUCAAAAUGCACUGCUGUUGAGCUACUUUAUAUAUAUUUGGAGUUAACAAAUUUCCCCUGAAAAAAGCACUGUGGUUACAUUCAUCUGUUGCCUUGCUGGGUAAUUAAGAAAAAUGUAUUUUAGACUGCACAGUGGAGUUAAUCCUGCAUUUGCUUUUGGCAGCUGCUGUGAAAUGACUUUGCGAAUACAACUUGGCUUUUGCUAUCACUGCUCAGCAGAACGAACAGACUGUAAUUACUGUCUCUUCCCUUAUGCCUUUAUCUGUCACACAAAUAUUGAAAACUUGACUAUGCAUUUUUGCAAUGCCUUUUCAUGGAAGAGCUUACUCUCUAUAUAUACAUGAGAUUUUCACUCUGCAAAGCUGAAAUGGUAUGGACAAAGUGGGAUGAAUUUAAAUAUUUUUAAAAUGCAUUGCUUAUAGACUGCAUAAUCGUUAUCACUCUGAAUUGGUCAUGAUUUUUACACAGACUUUGAAUUUAUAAAUCUUGAAUGUACUUGAGAAAUGAAAGUUUGGUACAAGAAAAAGGAAAUUUUUACCAUACCUGUAAGUACUAUACUUUGUGCAUUGUACUUGUGCAAAUCUGUGUGUGUGUGUUUGUGUGUGUGUGUGUGCGUGUAUGCGUGUGUGUGCGUGUGCUUGUGUGUGUAUUGUGUAAUUUGUGUAUAAAUUUGUUUAUGGGUGUCAGUGUUUUUAGUAUGUUUUAAAAUGUAUGCAAUUAAAUUUAUUUUUGGGGGGCUGUCAGGGAAGCAUAAUACAACUGUAAAAACCAAUAAGCAUAUUCAGCCUAUAAUUCUGCAUCACAGUUUGAGUCUGUCUUUGUUAUGCAGUAUUUUCUAUAGGGACAAUACUUCCUAUAUAUAAGGCAAUAUUGCUUGAGGGAAGAUGAAUGCUUGUUUAACAUUGAAAAAUCUAAUUUGCUUUGCUGUUUUCUAUUGGAUAGUCAAACCAUUUAUUAUUUAUGGCAGCAUUUAUUCAUUUAAAUAUUGUGUCAUAACACAAGUGUUAGAGUACUAAACAGGAAAUGUGUGUGAUGUUGUUCACUGCCAUCCUUGGUUUACCUUUAAAAUAUGGCCUUAUGAUUCUAAGUGAGUACUUAUCUGAACUGAAUAUAUAAUAACAACAUCAAAUCAAAUGCACUUUUAUGGCCAGAUCAUCCUAUUUAAAGACCCUAUAAGAGGAGAUGGAUUGACAGCAGGUGCUGGCACAGUUGUUUUUGACCCCACUCGUAAUCAAUUCUGGUUUAAUCUACUUCAGAUUCAGAUCAGCUCCCCUCCUCUUGCAUGCAAACUAAAGUGUAACCGGAUGGCCUGAAGUGUGUAAAAUAUUUUUGUU